UAUCAUAAGGAGUUUCAAAGAUUUCAGCUGCAUUUUGUUGGAGCAAAUGGGUCUACUUCUUUUGCUUUUCUGGGUUGUCUCUUCCACUUUAUGUUUCAGGUUUCAUUACUGUUAUGGUUCAGAGCUCUCUGUGAAGUUCUUGAAAGCACCUCCUGCUACAUCUAGAUUUACCUCAGCCAAAUUUUCCUUUCAAGCUUUUGAGGAUGGAAACAGAACUUGUUCAAGCUGCAAAUUCCGUUGCAAGCUAGAUGACCGUAUUAGUUUGGAUUGCCAUCAAAGAAAAGUUUCCUACUCGAAGUUGCUAGAUGGAGAUCAUACACUUGAGGUCUGCGCAAAUAGGAUGCAUGGAUUUGGCUGCAAUCAUUAUAAUUGGACUGUUGAUACAGUUUCUCCUACAGCCUUUGUGACUGCAUCAAUGCCAUUUACAAGUGCACAAAAUUUGUCUGUUAAUAUUACUUUUACUGAGCCAUGUGUUGGUGGAGGAGGAUUCAGCUGUUCAUCUGUGAAUUCCUGCGACCUUCUUGUCUACGGUGCUGGCCAAGUUAUACCGUCUUCAGUAACUGUUCUUGACCAAUAUCUCAGAUAUUCUCUGCUUGUGGGAUUAUCUCCUGAUGCUCAAUAUGGAAGGAUUGUGUUGGUGAUGAAUAAGAAUGUUUGUUCUGAUAGAGCUGGUAACAAUUUUAAAAGAGCUUUGGGUUCGCGUUUCUUUGUCCAUUUUGAUAGAAGAAACGUUUUUGUCAACCUACGAACUCAUGUACCAGAGAAGUUACUUAAGCUAAACAACCAAACUAGGACGGUGCAGGCAACCAAUAAUAACAACAAGCUGAAUGUUUACUUGUAUUUCUCUGAACCAGUACUGAAUUCUUCAGCUGAAAUUCUUAGACGACUAAACACAAACCAAGGUGAUUUGCUUCCUAUUGAUGGAAAUACCAACGGGAAUCGCCGUUUCGCGUUUAUGGUCACAAAUACAUCACGGCGGGCUAUAGUCACGGUGACACUUGACUCGAAUUCAAUAAGAAGCAGACAUGGGACACCUGCAUCUCCAACUGCACCACUGACUUUUCUCUAUGAUACCGAGAGACCUCAUGUUGUACUGAACACAACAUCUGGUAUGAGAACAAGAAAGCACACCAUCCCUGUCUGGAUAAAAUUCAUGAAGCCAGUGUUUGGGUUUAACUCCUCAUUUGUAUCAAUCUCAGGGGGAUAUCUUGAUAGCUUUGAGGAACUUAGUGGAAGCAUAUACAUUGUAUAUGUAAAAGCCAACACCAGUACAAUUUCUGUUAAUAUUCCUGAAAAUGUUACUCAGGAUGUCGCGGGAAACAAAAAUCUUGCAUCCAAUAUCCUAAAAGUAAAACAUUAUUCUGUGCCUAUGAUAUCUUCUGUGAUUUCUUGGGUAACAACUUACAUUUUCUUGGUGACAUCUUUCGUUGCGGGACUCCUCACUCUUUCAACCACAAGCCUUUAUUCUCUUGGUGCAUUUCCAAGACCAUCUCCUUAUCUGAUAUCAGACCCUACGAGGAACCUCUUUAGAACUGCCUGUCACAUUCAGUUUUUUGCACUCACUAGAUGGCUACCGGUGACAUUGCCUGUUGAUUACUACGAACUUGUGAGAGGGAUUCAGUGGAUAAUCCCUUAUUUUCCUCUCCCAUGGGAAACUAAGAACAAGGAACAGAUCAUGGUGGCCACAAGUCCUUACAUUGGUCCACAUUCCUUCAUUUCUAAAACUCACAACAACAAGAUCAAUCUGCAGUCAUCCACCAACGCUGAGUCAGUAUUCGGAUUGCCACUCACCGCGAUGGAGUACAGAUUAUUCUUUGAGACCCCAAAUCUCAAGCCAGAAGCAGAACAUGUUCUUGGCCUACCACAUUCAACAGUGUGGAGAGAUUUCAAUAGGAUAAUGUUUUGGAUAGCUAUAAUUGGAGGAAGUUUGGUACUACUACAUAUAGUCCUCUCUCUGAUACUGAAGUUCAAGAAAUCACACACUGAAAAGAAGAGGAGUUUUGGUGCUUUUGUCUUCCCAAGAUUCGAGCUAUUUCUUCUCAUUCUCGCCUUACCCUCAAUCUGCAAAGCUGCAAGGAGCCUUAUACAAGGCUAUUUUAAACAUCAAGGAGCUGCAGAAGCCAGUGUCAUUGUUGGCAUCCUUGUGCUUUGCAUGGUAGCUAUUCUGCUUCUGGCAUUGUUUCUCUUCCUAUCGGUCGGGAUAACGUUUGGGAAGUUAUUACAGUAUAAAGAGAUUCAUCAAGAAGGCCAAACUUUCCACUGGUACCAAGAACUCAUCCGAGUGACCCUUGGUCCUGGUAAAAGAGGCCAAUGGACAUGGAAAACAGAGAACUCUGUUUAUCUAACUAGGUUAGGUCCAGUUUUCGAAGAUUUAAGGGGUCCACCAAAGUACAUGCUCACACAGAUUUCAGGAAGCAAUCCACUCAAGCAACGAGAUGAUCGAAUCAUCGCAUCAGAUGAUGAAAACGAAGACGCUGAAGCUCCUUGCAUACAGAAACUGUUUGGAAUCCUCAGAAUAUACUACACAUUUCUUGAAACUGUGAAGAGGGUGUGUUUGGGGAUUAUUGCUGGUGCUUACUUAGACAAUCAGUCUGCGAAAACUCCGAUAGUGGUCUUGUUGAGCAUCACUUCCUUUCAGCUGUUUUUCCUUCUUCUGAAGAAGCCAUUCAUCAAGAAAAAAGUACAGCUUGUAGAGAUCAUUUCUAUAGCAUGUCAAGUCGGUGUAUUCGCCUCAUGUCUAAUGCUCUUGGCGAAAGACUUUCCCGAGGCGAGCGGAAAGAAACUCGGGAUAUUCAUGGUGACAUUGUUCUUGAUUGGGUUCAUUACACAAAUGUGCAAUGAAUGGUACUCAUUGUACAAACAGACAAAGCGGUUAGACCAAAUCAACAGAUCAUUCUUGAGUGGUCUCAAGAUGUUUAUCAUUGGACUUGCCGCGUUAAUACUUCCUCAGAAAAUGAUCAAGAACAAGAUCCCCCCGGCUCAACUAGAAGGAAGAAGUAGCAGCAAUGGAGGCACAACUCCAGAAUUCAGGUACAGAAAUUCAUCCGGAAGCCGAAGCUCAGGUAGCUUGGACAAGCCAUGGUUGAAACAGAUUAGAGAAAUGGCAAAGUCUAGCUUCACAAGAGACAGGAGCAAUAGUAAAGUUCCUAGUGAUCCUUCGUGUAGCAAAAGCGGUUGGAGCAGUAGUAUUUGGGGAACAAAGACAAGUGGAAGCUCUUCUAAGGAAUCAUCUUCGGAUUACAAAUCCAGACCUAAAGGACUUUACAAAGAUUUAGAAGCCAUUUUUGCUUCAAAGUAAGAAAACAAAAUAAAGUCAUCUUUCUCUCUGCUUCCUCUGUAUGAGUGUAUUCAAUCGUAAGGACUACUUUGUAAUAUUCAAUAAUUAAUGGAGUUUAGU